AUGAAAAGAAUUCGUCCUUCCACUCGCACUUCUCACAAUUGUUCCGACAGCAAUGAUGAAGACAUUUCGGAUGAAGAUCAUCACGACUAUGAAGGUGACAAUGAUGAAGAUCAACAAUCGUCUGUGUCCAAAAAAUUGAAAUCUUCGUUCCGAAAAAACAAAACGAUCCGUUCGGAAACAUCAACCACGAAUCAUCAGCCUUCCAUUGAGAGCAAUUCGUGCCAUACUAGUUUAAAACAAUGUUAUCAACAAGCAUUAAUUCAUUUCAAUGAAGAAUGUUUGAACACAGUCCCACAUACAAGAUCAGAACCUUAUCACACUCUUCUAGAGAAUAUUCAUUCAUGCAUCCAUCGAUCUAAAGGAAUGGCCAUGUAUGUAUUUGGAAAAUCUGGAACUGGAAAAAGCUUUACAAUCAAAAAGUUGAUUCAUGACAUUCAGCAAGACUCUCAACAAAUGAAACAUUUAUUUGCAACCAUUCCAAUCAUUGAUUGUUUAUCUGAGGAAAUUGAUUCACUUCAAAAAUUAUGUAAAAUAUUGCAUGAUCAUUUCACCAAAAGAGAUUCAAGGAAUGGUUCCAAAGCUCACUUGUUCACAAAAAGCAAAAAACUUCGACUCAUCAUUCUCGAUUCGGCAGAUCAUCUUUUAAAACACAAAAAGGUGAAAGAACAAAUUCAAAAGUGGACUCAACAUUCCUCAUGUAUUUUUAUUGGUAUUACUUCCACACAAAUUGCAAGUCAUGAACAUUUAAUUAUUUUCACUCCAGUUCCCACCGAAGAAUUGAGUUUCAUCUUACAAGAAAAGUUGAAAUUUCUCUUACAGAGAACAUCACCUCCCAUGAUGGACAAGAAUUUAAUUUCAAUCAUUUCUAAACAUUUUGAUGAGUUUGAUUUGAGACAUGUCUUUAAACUCAUUCAAAUGGUCAUCACCAAAUGUAUGGAACAUUCACGACCACAGGUGGAUAUGGCAACUUUUUUUCAAUUAGCUUCCAAAGAAAUGUCCAAUACCAAUCCAGUGACUAUUAUUAGUUACUUGACACUUCCUCAACAGAGAUUAUUAGAAAUUUUAACUCGAAAAGAAGGAAUUAUUCGAAAUGUACAAGAUCAACUCCAUGGAGCGCAACGAAAGAUUGCAUUACAUGAUGCAACACAUACUCGGAACCGUGAACUCUCUCAACCACUCUCUGCCAUACCUUGGUCAUCAUCAUCAGAAAGUGAAGAAGUCGUGAUGAAUUAUCAAGAUAUUUCCUCAUUGGUUUAUCAUGAAACUGUUUCAUUGGAUCAUGUGAUACGACUCUAUCAAGACUAUAUGAAAGAUUUUACCAAUGAAACCAUGACCUAUCAUGAAGUGAAGGAAAUGUGUCGAGUAUUGGAUGAUUUGAAAUUGGUGAAAUUACAAUCCAUGAAAAUUGAAGCAAUGAAGGAUCCAUGGUUUCAAUGUGGUGGUGGAUUUUCUCAUCCUUCCUCAGGGAACAUGACAACGAAUGACAACACUAUCAUUCCUACGAUUCGUGCGAGUGAUGCUACCAAUACUUCUAAUACCGCUACAAUGAGUAUUGCUUCUUCUAAUGAAGGUAUUGCUUCACAUAUUCUCAUCGAUACCAUCACAGUAUUAGUGUCGUAUGAGGUCGUUCAAGAAGGAAUUGCAAAGAGAAAAGAACGAACCACCACCACCACUCAUUAA